AUGCCUGGUGAGUAUAAUUUUCCUAAAGGCUCUGUUUGCUUGAACGCCGUGGCGAAAGUCUGGGCGCAGGUCCGGCAAGGGGCGAGAUGGGCAUUAGGCGAUGGCCGACAAGCGCGGUUCUGGACGGAUUUAUGGCUAAAUGUGAAAGAGCCGCUGAUUACCAUGGUGCGAGCGAGGCCGCCGAUCGAGCUGCUUCACGGCCCAGUGGCGGAUUAUGUUACCACGACUGGGGAAUGGUGGUGGGAGAAAUUCGAGGAUUUUUUGCCGGCUACUGCCCUGCUUCUUGUCGCGGCGGUGAUGCCACCAUCCUCCUCGUCUCGAGCAGACCGACUGAUUUGGGGAUACACGUCGAAUGGAAUUUUCUCGACAAGGACGGCCUACGAAGCUCUUACGCGGAGGGCCGAGAACAAUGUCAGGCCACUGUGGAAAGCCGUGUGGAGAGCGCCGACAACUCAACGGCAUGCCCUUUCUGCGGUCUGCACGAGGCAACAUUACAUGUACAUCGAGACUGCGAGAAGGCUCGGCGUAUCUGGCUGGAGUUACUUCCAUCUGCGGGUUGGCGGGACUUCUUCUCGCCGGAUGUGCAGGAGUGGUUGUGGGAGAAUUUGA